AAAAGAAAUCUAUUGACUUAUAUUCUAAAACGCAAUGGCUUUGGAUGAUUUCUUUUAUAAACUGAAAAGUCGAACUCCUGGUUUAGUGGAAAAUAUCUGGCAGGUCUUAUUAAAUGCCAAUUCCACCUCUCCGGAUACUUCGAUAACUCUCUCUCAGAUACGUGAUCGUUACUAUGAACUAACUGAAGAGAGUUUUCCUCGCAUGGGAGAACCGCGUGUUGAAAUGCUUUUUAUACUCUCAAUUCCAUUUGUCGCUGCAUUUUCUAAUAGCGUUGGCACAUUGCGUUUUUACAUUUUAGAUUAUCCAGAGUCAUUGGUUUGAAUAGAAAUUCUGGAAAUAUACACUGCAAUUCGUGCAAUUUUUAUGGACUUUUAGUUUAAAUUUAGUUUUGAGUAUUAGUUUUACAUUUUUGUUAAAGUAAAAGAGU